UUUAUUAGUAGUAAGUACAAUGUUAAUCGUUUUCAGUUGGGAAAAGGUCCGCAAUUCAGUAAAUUCUACGCAGAUUCUGAGCUUUUUCAAUUAGAAUCUGGUCAUCGGAAUUGGAAUUGGAAUUGGAAUUGGAAUUUCACUCUCGGAAAAGAUCGAUAACAGAUUCAAGAAGAUAUUAAGAUGGCUGCCUCCAAAUAUUGCACGAAAUUUUCUGUGAUUACAGUUUGGGCUCUGUUGUUUUUACUAAGUUCCGAUCUUAUUCUUGCCAAGUCUCGAGUCCCCAUCUCUGACGCGGAGACUCGGCAGAAGAAAAACGAAUGCUAUUCAGACAUUGAGAGCGGAUUGUGGGGUGAGCGCUGCACGUCUUCGACUAUAGCUAAGGAGAAUUGUGUUUUACAAUGCCUUUCGCCGAUUUGUUAUGAGCUCAUCUACGAGAGUGAUCCAUUGGAAGAAGGGGAGAAAGACAUCACCAGGAGUUCGGAGUAUAAAUAUUGCAUGCACAGGGCAUCUCUCGGAGAAAGCUUAGAUGGCAUUAGAGGAUCGUUUGACCAUUAGAAUGUUUGAUGCAUCUCUGGCAGUAGCAACAAAAUGGUUUUCGUAGCAAUGAGCUCUGCUGCUUAGUCGGCUUCUGUAUUUUCUUUUAUCAUGUAGUAAUUUCUUUCUUGAGCAGAUUUAGCACUCUGUACAACUGUUCAUUAUUAUUUCUUCUCCCAAUUAGAGAUUCUUUAUGAUGGCUUUAUUGUAUAUCACUGAUGAGGAAUGAUUUUCAAGCUUGAUUUCGCUCGAUUUGUAGAUACAUAGAUCUUCAUCUUUCAUAAGGAAUCUAUAUUCAUUAUUUCAAA